CGUCGGCUGGUGUUGCUCUCCUCGCUCGGUGCCGCGGACCGUCGGCGGCAGCAGCAGCAGCAGCAGCAGCAGCAGCAGCAGCAGCAGCAGCAGGCAGCGAGCCAGUCGGGUCUCGACCGCCGUCGACGCUACAACCGACGGCGCUGCUCGGGGCGGUGCACAACAGAGAGCGAGAUCGAGAGAGAGAGAGAGAGAGAGAGAGAGAGCGUGACGGACACGGACGACAGCAGCCUCGCUCCUCUCCCGCGCAGCGGCGUGCUUGCGCAAGCUCCGGUCGCGGGUGCUCGCCAUCCGGCAGCCGAGUCCUCGAGCAGCCUCGCGCGCGGAACGGGACGGCCGCGGCAACGGCAGCGAGUGCGCGCGCGCGUGUGUGAUGCAGCACGUGCGGCCCGCCUCGGAGCUGGUGGUGGACCAGCAGCGGCAGCGGAGGCGACGAGCAGCCCAGCGCGAUGUACCGUGGAGCAGUGGUGCGCGUGUGCCGUCAGCGCGAGCGACAGCUGCGCGUAAAUAAGCGCGAGCAGUAGUGCGAGCACCAGUGGCAAGCAGCUCGGGCGCAUAGCGCGUGAACUCUGACCCUGAACUCACGCUUGCGCGCUCGCUCGCGCGGCCGUGCUCUCCCCGCACGGGCUUCUCGCCGUCGCACGCGCGCUACAGCGUCGUCUUCUGCUCCAUCCUCCUCGCGCGCGCACGGCUCUGCAGCACUUGCAGCGUGCGUGGCCCGCCCGCGGCCGGCGAGGCGCGCCACCUGAGGAUGCGCCCACUCGGCCGUCCGCCCUGCUGCCCCUUCUGCUUCUUCUUGCCGCGAUCUCUGCCGCCUGCUGCUGCUGCGACUACUGGCGCUCGUGCUCGUGCUCGUCGAUGAUCCUCGGGCCGAAGCGACCUUCGAUUUGUGCCAAAAAUCACACCUGCGACCAUACCUCUGCGCUCGACAAUCACCUCUCAAAAACUCUCGAUAAGCGAACCGAGCGCGUAUCUACACUAAAGCGUGCAAGUCGCCACACCGUUGCUCGCAUUCGCACGCGAGAGUCGCUCGCGGCAGUCGUCGGCCCGGAAGACGCGAAGCGAAGCAAGACAAGCGAGCAGAAGGAGGAGGAGGAGGAGGAGGAGGAAGAGGAGGAGGAAGAGGACGACGACGACGACGACGACGACGAGGACGACGAAAGCGAGGAGGACGCAGAAGUGGGGCGGAAGGAAGAGGACGAGGGCGGAGGAGGAAGGGCCGGCGGAGCGAGCAGCAGAGGAGCGGAGAGAGUCCGAACGAGCGCGGAUCCAUCCAACGUCCACCGAUCGCUGCCUGCGAUGCCCGCAGCCGCCGGGAGGCAGGCGGCCGAGUCCGAGGCGUGCCCCGCUAUUUUCGCGAGCGGCGCGCCUUAAAUAGGCGAGCGCGCGCGCGAGCGAGCGAGCAGCAAGCAAGGAGAGCGAUCGAGCGAAGUCGGCUUUGGCGCGCGCGAGCUCGUGGCCGCUGCCACGGGGACAUGGAGGAUCCCUGAGCGGCGGCGGCGGGCCCAGUGACCCAGCGAUCAGCGCGCGAGGACAGUGCGCGAGCGCGGCCAGCCGGCGGACCAGCGGAGCUCGCCCGCGAGUGUAUGUUGUUUCGUGGCGAGUGGCGCUAGCGGGCGGCGAGGUGGGGGGGCGCGUUGUCUUGCCUGCCGUGCGCCGGCGGCGGCGGCCACGGCGCCGGGCCCGGCCAAGCCCAGCCGCUCGUCGCCGACAAGCUCCUGCAGGCCCAGCAGCCGCGCGCCCGGUCCUCCCAGUUGCCGUCCCCGCAGCGCCAGCCGGCCGCCGGCUUCGCCCAGCCGCCGAGGCAGCCGCAGCCCCCGAGCCGGCUGCUCCUCGGCGCCGCCGCCGAGGCUGAGCCGCUGUCGCCCGCCGAGGCCGCCAAGGCGGUCGUGCUCGGCGAGUUCGACGAGUACCUCGGCGACGUCGACGAGCAGGCGGAGCAGGAGGACGAGGAGGGGGAGGAGGACGUCGACGACGACGAAGACGACGACGAGGAGGUGGACGAGGACGAAGAGGACGAAGAGGCCGGCGCGCCCGCGCGCCCCCGACGACCAGGGCCAGGGGGCCCACCGGCUCUCGCCCCGCCUCCACGACAUCGAAGAGGAGGACGAUGAGGACGGCCGCAACACCCG